GUACGUGGAUGAUACAAGGGUCAUCAAAUGAGUGUAGCCUUCAUGCGUAAUGUAUCGAGGUGGAGUUGUUAAUUUUAAACCAUCGUAUACUUAAAGAGAAGAUUAUUCAACCUGUCAGUCACAAUUGCGGAGCUAUAUCUACACGCAUUACGAACUUAAAAUCUGUUAUCGGCAGUACUAUUCUGUGGUGUCAUUUGCAAAAGUUGCAGUGUCCUACAUGACUCUGGCAGAACGCACUGAUCCACCGGUUACUUUGCCAGUAAGUCUGUCUCUGGAGUGGGACCUAUAACAAAAGCUAAACGUACAUCACAACUUGUGCAGCAGAGACACCAAGAACUGGAAUUGUGAGCCAAAAUUACUACUGGAGCAGAGGGGAAAACAGACAUUAUGCCGUCGAAAGUGGAUAUGAAUAAUGAGGAAGUGAUUCUUACUUUUGAGGAUGUUGGAAAGAAAAAUAGACACACCACACUGUGCGCCUUUUUAGUGCUGGUGUCAGCCCUGUGUGGCAUCGGUGUCGGCAUAGGCAUUGGUUAUGGCAUCUGGUAUGACAGUGGACCAAUAAAAGCAACAGCAGACCCACAGAAGCCUGGAGAUAAGACUACAACUGGCCCAAAGGUCACAAGUAUCAAACCUGAAGUAACUGGAAGUGUGACCGACAAUCCCACUACACAAUCCACCCCAGGAAAACCUUGGUUGGAUACACCUUGUUUUACUGAACGACCUCCUCAGUGUCCCGAUGGUGUUGACAGGCCACCACUGAUCUUGGUGUCUCUAGAUGGAUUUCGUUAUGACUUUCUCCAACGAGGAAUUACACCUAAUAUCAAGAGACUUAGUGAAUGUGGAACCCAUGCACCCCACAUGUAUCCUGCCUUUCCAACUUUGACAUUUCCAAAUCAUUACAGCAUUGUCACGGGCCUUCUACCUGAGCAUCAUGGGCUCAUUGGAAACAGUAUGUAUGACCCAGUUCUCAAGAAAUCCUUCUCUAUUUCUGGAAAUGAGAAGUUUAAUAGCUACUGGUAUGGUGGUGAACCGGUCUGGAAUACAGCUAUGAAGCAAGGGCUAACUACAGGUUGUUAUUUCUGGGUUGGCUCCGAUGUUGAGAUUCAAGGGAUGCGACCUGAUUACUACUUUGUAUAUGAUGGGAGCACAAAACCUGAAACGAAGAUUAAUCAGAUCAAAGAAUGGCUGAAACUUCCUAACGACAGGCGUCCUGACUUCAUCACUUUAUAUUUUGACGAACCUGAUCACACCGGCCAUGACUAUGGACCAGAUUCAAAUGAGCAAAAUGAAGCUGUCGCAAUGGUUGAUUCUUACAUUGGUGAUCUGAUGGAUGCUAUCACAGAGGUACACAUGGAGAAUUGUACUAAUAUCAUUGUUCUUGCUGAUCAUGGAAUGGCCAACCGAUCUUGUGAACUCAACAUUAAACUACAAGAUUAUAUUACAACUGGUGACUACUACUCAAGGAGCAGUGGAGGAACCAUGAUGAGAUAUGACCCCAAAUCUUAUGCUGCUAUCAGUGAACCUGAAGAUAUAGUACAGCACCUAAAGUGCAUCAGCCCGGGUUCUGUUGCCUAUAUCAAGACAGAUACACCCAAGCGAUGGCAUUACAUGAACAAUGUACGCAUUGAAGAUACACUAAUUGCUGUGAAGCAAGGCUAUACUAUAUCAAAUGGUCCGUCAGGUGGUUGUGAUGGCGGUGGUCAUGGGUAUGAUAACCUUAAAGCGGACCAGAUGAGGGCUCUGUUUGUUGCUUAUGGCCCAGUGUUUAAAGCCAACUAUGAGACUGAACCUUUCCAUAAUGUUGAAUUAAUGAAUCUUAUGUGUGAUGUCUUGAGCAUCACCCCUCCACCUAAUGAUGGUGAGGUGGGUAGUCUCCAUCAUUUACUCUUUGAACCACCAAAUCUACCUCCAAAGAAUGAUUCAAGUCUGUCAUCUCCACUGGUGUGCCCCUUCCCUACCUCUGAUCAAGAUUAUGCAGACAGGAUCAAUGAAGAUACAUCAAUGUGCAUGUGUGAAACUCUACCUGAUGGAACAACGAAAACUAUUGAAGAUUUUGAUAAGCACCUGAAUUUAACUGAGAGUCAGCAAUCUGCUGCCAAAGCAAAGCAUGUACCUUUUGGAAUGCCUGAAGUGAAUUUCUUGACUGAUUUCUGUGAGUUAGUGCAAACUGAAUAUGUCACAGCAUAUAGUCAUGAGAUGAAGAUGUCACUGUAUGCAACAUUUACAAUGGACAAAAAGACGUCCAGGGACACGGCACCAGUGUUUUCUAACUGUACUCGACCUGAUGUCCGUAUUCCUAAUGCAAAGUCUCCUGACUGCUCAGACCUUGACAAUGCAACAGGAGACUGGGCCAAUAUUACCAAAGGUUUCCUCUACUCACCUGGUCUGACAGAGACACUGACUGCCAAAAUGGAUGCACUAAUCAGUUCCAACAUGGUCCCACAGUUCAGAGGUUUCAUUAAAGAUCUGUGGAGUGGUUUUUUUGAUGUUCAUUUUCCCAUCUGGGCUGAUGAGUACAAUGGUAUCAACGUCAUCACUGGUCCUAUCUUUGAUCAUAACUAUGAUGGUCUUAGAGAUUCUCUGGAGUUGUUGUCGCAAACACCAAGUGCCCAACUCAAUGACACAUUUGUCCCAACCCACUUCUUUAUUGUGAUCAACCGUUGUGUGGAUGAUGGCAAAGCUGUUGAUGAUGCUGAUUGUGACAAACUGGAACCUUUAUCAUUCAUUCUUCAGAACAAAGAUGGCAUUCAGACUUGUCAGAUGACCCCUGACUUCCUGGAGACUCACGUUGCUUCAGUUAAGGAUAUUGAACUCUUGACUGGUUUACGUUUUUACCCUGACCUGGAACGUUAUGAAUCCAUACGUCUUAGAACAUUCAGUGUUGCAGCAAAUCAGCUCUUCUCUGAUUGGAGACUUCAAAGCAGUAUGUAAUGUUAAUAAUGCAUGAUGGGCAUAUGGUCUGUUUGUGAACCUUGGAAGAUAGCACUGUGGUGGGAUAAUUCAUAUUCUUUGUUUAAUGGCGCUGAUGCUGAUUGAAAAAGAACAAUUUGUCGUGUCUUGCAUUUGACACACACAAAUAAUCUUGUGCAAAGAGUUUUAUUCACUACAGUUAUGUAAAUAGCAACCUUCAAUGUACAAGUUAAACUGAUAAUUCGUCAAUUCUAGUAAUUUCCUCAUCUUAUUUUUCUUAAUUUUUAAUUUUCAUAAUUUUAUUUUGAAUAGACUUAAUUUUAAGGGGAGCUCACUUUUUUCGUAGGCAAGGAAGGGGGUUUACAUCCUGUAUAUGCUUUCAGCAACUUGGCAAAAAUCAUGGCCUCCAGCAUUUCCUUACACUUUUUGGGGGAGGACUCAGAGGAAUCGGAGGAUAGAGUGUGUUUUGUAUGCUUUUGGAAAGGAUGAUGAAGAUGAGCACUGAACUCUGUGCCAUGAUUUUGAAUUCAGAUCUUUUUGAAAGGAAAUUGAGAUACUCACAGUUAUAGGUCUACUCACAGACUCAAAGUAAAGCAGCCAGACAACAAAUCAUUGAGUUUCAUGCCACAGCCUGAAGUUUUAUUCAUCCGGGUACCAGAUUAUAUACCAGUUAUCAGAAAUGUUAGUAAAUAAAUGGUCACACUAUUACCACUGGCUGCACUUCAAAUCAUCCUGACGCACACCCAAGAGAACUUGUUUUGGUUCAAAGUUCUCUCGCAUAGAACUUGCAUGCCUGUGACCUUCGCACUUUGAAUUAUUAUUCCUUAUUAUAACCGGCCGGGCCUAAAUAAUGCACACAAAUAUGACAAAGAUUGAUGACUGAGAUGUAUUCACCUGUUGACCAGUUGCACACAAGACUGUAAACCGGCUGUGCAUUUGGAUGAAGAGAGUUUGCUGAAUAUAAUUCCUUUUACCCUGUAGGGGUAAAAGGAAUUAUUGAACAGUCCGUGAUCAUUUAUGCUUGACCGAUUGUGUGUGAAUUGUUACUUUUAAUGACUAGUUUUAUGUUCUGACUUUUUUUUAUCAAAAUAAAAUUUAUUUUUUGAUGGAUGCAGUCAAAUCACCUGUUUGGUUGUCAUUAUUGAUGUUCAGUUUUACUAUUAAUUAUCACUGCACACAUGGGAAUUAAUAAAGGAAACUCACAUUAUACUAAGUGUAAUGCUUGAUUUAUUGCUUUUUGAAGUGGUGUGGGAAAACUAACAUGCAUGAAUGUUUGUGUUGAAAAGACCUUUCCUGGUUACUUGUCUUUGCAUUCUUGAAAACCUCUCCGUUGAAAAAUUUUACAAUGAGAUUUUCACUUUUAUCCUACAUAUUUUCUCCGGCCCCUAUUCCCUUGUGCAUAAUUUGUUUAUGUAUUGUGGGCCUCUGCUUUUAUGACCACAUACAUAUAGUUCCCAGUGAUGUUGUUUGUAUUUAAUUUAGGAUCUGUCCUGCAAGUAGCUCUUUUAACAGUGUCCUGAUUUCCAAAUAUUUCUGGUAGAUCUAGCUACAGGUGGUUUAGGGGAUUUAAUGUCUUCUGGGCUGGUAGAUAUGGGGGGAAAAGAAAAAAAAGCAUAUGCCAUAAAGUUAACCUCCUAUUUUACUUGACAUCUGAACUCGCCCAUACCUUCUGAACCGGAUCUACUAAAAGUACAUUGUAUUUGACUGUAUUAUGACAUACAAACUCCCAUAGGUUUAUUGACAUGAGUUUUGCCCAUUCCUUCGAACUCAUAAUUCAAUUAUAGAAUUGAGAAUAAAGCACUCUGUAUGCUGUAGAAGUAGA